UUUAGGGUUUAGUAUUUUGCUGAGGACGUUAAAAAAAUAUUUUUUUAAUUACUAUUUUUUUUAAUUUAUUUAUUUUUACCUUUUUAUUUUAAAAAUAUAAUAUAACUUAUAGCUUGAGAAAAUAUUUUGUUUUAUUUUUUAAAUGAUUUCAAAUAUGAAAUAACACAAUGCUAUUGGUUGGUGAACCUAGAGGUUCACCCUAUGGGGUGAACCGAAGAAUAAGUCCAAAUUUAAUAUCAACUUUUUUCUUUCUUUUAGAAACUGACAUGGUUUCUAACCAAUAAUCAUGCUCUUAUAAACCCAUGCUGUAGUAUGUCAUAGACUCCUAUUUAUUAUUACGCGUUACAUAGUUGUUGUUUUUUUGCGAAAGGGCUGGCGUUACAUAGUUGUUUUUCUUAAAACAAGCUCUAACAGACGUUUAUCAAAGCUCGAUAUAAUUUUAAAAUCAAGUUGGAAGUCAGCAUUACUUUUUUUGUUUCUGUAACUUGUCCGUAUUAUUUAGUCAAAAAAAAAAAACUUGUCCGUAUUACUAUUUCCAUACAACAUUCCAUAGACUCCUAUUUAUACUUACGCGUUACAUAGUUAAUUAUUUUCUGCAAAACAAAAUAGUGAUAACAAAUUAUUAUACUGUAUAACUAGGAAUGCUCUUCACAAAGCCAGAACAAGCCAUAAAACAAGAUAAUCACAGCUCAGUACGUUAGCAUUGUGUCUUAAGUCUUUUUUUUUUUUUUUGCUUCUAAAUCCACACAAACAGAAGAUAAAGGAAAAAAAAAAAGAAGAAUGGUAAACGCACCGAUCGUUAGAUUUUAUAGCUGUCGAGGAGUCGCGUCUGAGAUAAACCCUCAUGCAAACCCUUUUGCUAUCUUCACAAAUGAUCAAAACCGCAACGCAAACGCUGAACGUGAGAAAUCAAGCAGCAGGUUUCAACUCAUAAGAAACGCCUCAAAAGUUUCCCCUUCAUCUUUUCAACACUCCAUGAGCCGAACCAGCAGUCACUUCUGCGACUUGGACCUUGACAACGAAGAAGAAGAAGAGGAAGACGACAAUAUUUACUACAUAGAAGAAGGUGGAACCAAGGAAGGAGACGAACAACACAGUGACAAACCGCAGCAACCGCCUAUUCUAAAGAAACGCGCCUCGAGACUAUCAAUCAUACUUCUUGAUCAAGGAUUAUUCACCGUUUACAAACGUCUCUUCGUCACUUCACUGUUUCUAAACGUUAUAGCUCUCGUUCUCGCCGCUACGGGACGUUUCACUUACGCUAGAAACAGAGCAGCUCUGUUUUCACUCGCCAACAUUCUUGUCCUAACUCUCUGCAGAAGCGAAGCCUUCUUGAGACUCGUUUUCUACCUAACCGUAAAGAUCCUCGGACACUCCUUUGUCCCUCUCCGCAUCAAAACCGCGGUCACGUCGCUCUUACAAAGCCUAGGCGGUAUCCACAGCGGCUGCGGCGUUUCCUCAAUCGCUUGGCUCAUUUACGCGUUGGUUCUCACUCUUAAAGACAGGGACAACGCUUCAACAGCGAUCAUAGCGGUUGCGUCUGCGAUUCUGUCUCUCCUCUGCCUCACUUCCUUGGCCGCGUUUCCACUUGUUCGUCAUUUACACCACAACGUCUUCGAACGCGUCCACAGAUUCUCCGGCUGGGCCGCUUUGGGCCUUGUUUGGGCUUUUAUAGUCCUAACGAUCUCUUACGAUCCAAAAUCAAGAUCUUACACCGAUGAUCUCGGCUCGAAGCUGAUCAAAACGCAAGAGUUUUGGUUCACGCUAGCGAUCACAGUCGCGGUUGUGCUCCCUUGGUUGAGUGUGAGACGCGUUCCGGUCGAUGUGUCAUCUCUAUCAGGCCAUGCGUCGCUGAUCAAGUUCAGAGGAGGCGUGAAGUCAGGGAUCUUAGGUCGGAUAAGUCCAUCGCCGUUGUCGGAAUGGCACGCUUUUGGGAUUAUCUCUGAUGGUAAGACAUCGCACAUGAUGUUAGCUGGUGCUGUCGGAGACUUCACCAAGUCUUUAGUCUCAAAACCUCCGACACACUUAUGGGUCCGAACGGUCCACUUUGCUGGCUUACCCUAUCUCGUUAACUUGUAUGACAAGGUAUUACUUGUGGCCACAGGUUCGGGGAUUUGUGUAUUUUUAUCGUUUCUCAUGCAGCAGAGUAAGGCCGAGGUAUACCUAAUAUGGGUGGCUAAAGGGUUAGAUGAUAAUUUUGGAUCGGAGAUUGUGAACAGGAUUAAAGAUUAUCCUCACCAAGAUAGGAUCAUAGUUCAUGAUACUGCGAUUCUAGGACGACCUAAUGUGUCAGAAAUGAGCGUGAAAGCAUCCAAGAAGUUUGAAGCUCAGGUUGUGAUUGUUACCAGCAAUCCUGAAGGAAGUCGUGACGUUGUUAAUGCUUGUAAGGCUUCUGGUGUUCCUGCUUUUGGUCCCAUUUGGGAUUCUUAGUAUUCAACAGUGGUGUCAAAAUAUGUGGUUCAUCAAUCAUCAUGAACCGUUCAUUUGCAAUUGCGCAUGUGAAAAAAUAAUGAGUUUGUUAUCUACGAAGACUUUUAGUUUAUGAGUUUGUAUAUGAGUUUUUACAACUAGAUAAACAGUGCGAGUUUGAGUUGGUUCUUAUCAUAUAUACUAUAUUGAUAUACAAGAUUUGAAAGAUAUUGAAGUUACAAACUAUGGUUUACAUAGUUUAGCUACACAAAACCUAUGGUUUUCGCCUAAUACAUGUCACAUGUAUAUAUUGACUUAUAUCAUCAAAAUUAGACCAUCGAUCUAUCCUACCGGUCAGGAUUAUACUUAAGAUUAAAGUUCUAAAUGAUAUCAUCUAUCUAAAACACUGCACGUCACUUGUAAGUUGUAACAAGUUUUCUUUUUGAAUAGUACAAUUUUACAUUACAGAGAAUCAUUAAUGAUAAAAAAAAAAUCAGAAGUUUGGACCCACCUUUUCAAUGCCAUCGACCUAAUGUCAUAAACUAAUUGGGUUUCCAACUAAAUCCGUCCCCAUUAUAUUGACAAUUCAUAACUAAUUAUUCACCGGACCACUCCAAUACUCCUUUCAGUAGAAACAUGAAGAAUAAGGUCCACAAGUUUUUUUAUCUAGUUGUUCAACUUAAAGAGGAAAAACUUACAAUUGAAGAUAACCUAUGUUCCGGAGGAAACACAAGUAACUAAUCUUCAAAGUACAAAGCAAGCGGAAACACAAGUAACUAAUCUUCACAGUAAAGUACAAAGGAAACCCAAACAAAAGUAUUAAACACAUGUCUACUAGGCAAGUAAGAACGUGAGAUUGGGAAACUCCUUUUCAAAAGUAAGAUGAAGUGGAGUGAUCUCUCUCAAAACACAAACCGAUUAACAAAGAUAAUGAAAAAUCACAGAAAAAGCUAACCACCAACCACACUUGAGAGACAAUGUUAAUACAGAUGUUGCUGCGAGACCUUUAACCAAAUUAUUCGACUAGUCACAGUUUUCAAUCGCACUGAAUUUUUAUGUUAAGUCGCUAACUUUUUAACGAUAUAAAAAUAACAUUUGCGAUCGUUGUUGCAUCAACAAAACGAACAAAUUGCCUCGAUGUAACAUGCAAACGAAUAUGGUCUAGGAACAAAUAUAUUUUAAUAUAACAUUAUAAAAAAAAAAUCUGCUGUGGUC